CCCAAACAACAACAACAAACAACAACAAUGGCCAAGUUCGUGGUGGCAGGUAAGGCAAACUGCCCUUAUUAUGCCAAGGCAGAACUGUUGGCAGAUUAUCUUCAGAAAAACUUGCCAGACUUCCGAGUCUUUAAGAUUGUCCAGCCACCUGACGAUUGGCAGCCAUGGCUUCAAGCAUUAUGUCAAAAAAAUGGCUGGGUACAUCAUCGGUCCCCGAUUAUAUGGCGAGAACUUGUGGACCGUGGAGGAAAGGGAUUACUAUUGGGUGGAUUCAAUGACUUUAUGGAGUAUGCACAGGGUUAUUAUGGUUUUACUUCUGAUAUGAUGACUACACUUAUGCUCAAGAUUGCAAAGGAAAACUUGAAGACUAACCAAAGUGAGCGUGAAGAAGAAGCACUUUACAGGAUUCAGACUAAACCAAUGGCAAUCUGGAUUAGUGGAGCAUUGUGUCCUGCGUGUACUAAUCUGAUCCCUACCUUGCUAAAUGGAGAGUUGUUUGGUCACAGCCAAGGGCUCAGCUUACAUCUGCUACACAUUGAUGGUUCCCUAAGUCUUUUACAAGGCUUACAAAUGGAGAUUGAAGAUAUGGCCUGGCCUCUACUUCGAAAAGUAACAGUGCAAAAUAGCCUGAGAAAGGCUUUCAUGGAUGCUGAGGUCAUCAUUCUUCUUGAUGAUGUUGUGCCAGAGAAGGAUCAAUCAGUUGAAGACUGUUACAGAGAAAUGGCUGGUCUCUACCAAGAAAUUGCAAUUAAGAUUGACACCUUUGCAAAACCCAGUGCCCGUGUGCUUGUGGCUGGUGAUUAUAUCUUGAAUUUGAAAACAUACCUCCUGAUGGAUAGUGCAUAUGCAAUUGAUCACUGUAACUUUAUAGCAGUAUCAACUCAGUUGGAAGGAGAAGCCAAAGCACUGCUUGCCAGGAGAUUGAAUGUGAAUCCAAUGGAUGUGAAAGAUGUGAUUGUGUGGGGAAAUAUCGGCAGAAGCACGUAUAUUGAUCUGCAUAAAGCACGGGUCCAUCAAUACGAAAGUGCCAUCUGGGGACCACCUGAGUUCUCACGUCCUGUAUUGGAGAUGCUGCGUGUUAAAAAUUGGAUAGAAGAAGAAUUUGUAGAAGAAUUGCAUGCACAUCGAACAAAAAUUCAAGCAGCAUUGAAACACCGCCUGGGCAUGUCCUCUGCCAUUGCGAUAUACAAUGUCUUGAAUUGGUGGUAUCAUGACUCACCACCAGGGGAGUUUGUAUCUCUUGGAGUUGUCAGUCAAGGUGAUUUUGGCAUUCCAUCUGGCCUCAUUUUCUCUGUGCCAGUUCGAUUCUGUGGUGGAAAAUGGGUGAUUCAGUCACAAAUUGAGAUUAGUGAGGAGACAAAAGACAAACUGAAGGAUAUUGUUCAAGAACUGAAGAUGGAGCACCAUUUUAAUUUCUCUCAUGAGAAGGAAACUGAGGCAAAAUCCAGUUUCUUGCCUGAUCUAGAAGGAAAAUUUAAGAAAAGAAGCACUGAUCGAGUAGCCUUUUUUUAAAAGGACGUUUCAGUUCUUGUGGAAGAACAGCAACAGACAGGCUGUGAAUUGGGCCAUAUUUACUGUUCUCCAGCUCCUCAGAAAUGUUUUGGAACAGACGAUCGAAACAGCUUUGUUCACUAAAUGACAAUCGUUCAAUGUUUAAAGAAUAGAUCACAUUAUUGAAUCCUCUUUCAAAAUAGGUGUCUCACUGUUGAGAGUCAUUAAAAGAAAAGCUCUAAGGGCUUUGGUUUAA